CACCAACCUCUCUUAAAGCAUCGACAAUUCCGUACACUGGAGUGGAUCUUUUGAACCCUCCUUGUUCCCUUGCCUAUCAAUCUUCAAAUGAAUACCCAGCAAUGCCAGCUCCUGUAUCGCCGUCAUCUCUACCGCCUCAACCACCGCGCAAGCUCGGUCGCUCCUCAAUCGCCUGCAAGCGCUGUCACGCGUCAAAAAUUCGCUGCGACGUAUCCAUAAACGGUUCACCUUGCACAAGAUGUCGCGAGCGCAGCCAGACCGAUUGCCAGCCUAUUGAGUCGAGGCGGGGACUCUAUGAUCGCAAGGACUGGAUGCGGAAAUUGAGGAACGGCAACGCUAGAAGCAAGAGUACGAACUCUUCCUCGACAACUUCCUCUUCGGUAAACGAGAUACCAAUGCGUGGUACUGCUCCGGUCAGAUCCCUUUCUCUCGACUCGGGCAUGCAAUUGUCUGCUAGCACUCCCACUCAGCCUCAGCUGUGCUUCGUUCUGCCCGACGCCAAAUCAUUGACAUCUCACAAUGACUUUCUUCAAAAUCUGUUUGCCGGUGCAGUCAACUGCCCUCAGUCCAUCACAACCUCUCAGUUAUUACAGAGCAAUAGCCAGAAUACACAACAUAUUUCUGCAAUUGCAACCUCUACAGCAACAGAAAACGGCUGCAGCACCAAGUCAUACGACUCUCACAAGACUUCGACUCGCACGAGUCCUGAAGAGCCAAUCAGGCAAUGGUCGGUUGUCUUCAAAUGUCUUGUCAGCGACGAUGAGAUUGAUCGCAACACAAUCUCAUACUUUGGAGAUUCAUUUCCCAUGGGAGGUCUGCUUCAGUCGCUCUCGCCUCCGCACUCUGAGGCCAGUCCUCGGUCAAGGACCGGUCGCAUAUCAUCUGAAGCAAUUCCGGAUCAUCAUCCGAGCCAUAUGACUCCACCUAAGAUUUCAUAUCUCGAGUCAGAAGGUUGCUUCCAGAAACCUCCGUCUGAGGUGCUCGAUCAACUAUUGUCUAUCUAUUUCCAGAAUGUCCAUCCGUUAUAUCCAAUCAUCGACCGCGUUGGUUUCGCUCAAAUGUACAAGGAAGACAAAUGUCCAUGGCUACUGCUUCACUCGAUAUGCUUCGUGGCUGUGAUGUAUUGCCCCAUGAGCCUUGUCUGCAGUGAAGACGCCAGUACGCGACGGGAGGCAAGAAUGAAAUUCUACUGGCGGGCGAAGUCGCUUUUCGACUUUAGCUACGAGAAGAACAAGCUCGUUCUUCUUCAGUCGGCGAUCUUGCUGUCGUUCUGGGGAGGCAAACCAAACGACUACUGGAAUACAUUUUCCUGGAUAAAUGUUGCCGUGAAUGUUGCUGAGACUCUUGGCAUACACAAACGCCGGCCGUCGAUUGAGAUUCCAGAGGAAGAUCGGGGGCUGUGGAAACGGAUUUGGUCAUGCUUAGUUUCCCGCGACAGCUUUUGUGCCGCUCUACUCGGCAAGCCACUACGCAUCAAUUUGCUACAGUGCGAUGCCGAUUUUACCGUCCUGGAGGAUUUCGAGUCGGACGUCGACCCUGAAGGCGAGCAAUGGAGUGUUCGAAUGAUUGCGCAUGGGAUGUACGUGAUAGCGAUGACAAGACUUGCUCUUAUUCUACGACAUAUGCUACAGGCACGGGCUUCAAACACCGUCAACGUGGGGUUCUUGUGCAAAAUCAAAGAGGAUCUGCAGAAUUGGUCGCAUGACCUACCCGAGCAGUUGCGCUUGUCAAGCCGACGGAAGGAUUCCCCUCAGUACAUAUACUGCAUCUCCGUGGCAUUGAUAUACAGUCAUCACAUAAUCUAUGCUCAUCAGAUUGCGUCUGGGAUCCCGGGGAUCAACGAACCGGAAGGUCUGGGCUAUGAUAAAGCAGUUGAGUUUUUCUCAACGACAGCUAUACAGGAAGCUGUAUCCCAGAUUGCAGAUCUUGGUUCUUCACUGGUCACGCACUCUGAAAUCUCCCGACUACCGCAGAAUGCAUACGCCGCAUUUUUCAUGGCUAUAGUGAUGCUGUUCACGCAGAUGCGAAAUCUUGCGGGCGGUCGAAACCCGACGUUGAUGGCAUUGCUCAAGACGCAGCUGAAGAUUUGUGAGAUGGUAAUAUAUCAGGCGCAGGAUCACUGGGAUCAUGCUGAUUGGAUCAUGGCUUUGUCAGAGAGCCUUCGACAAAGACUGGACUUCAUGACGAGGCAAGGUACAGUAGCAGGCACGGCAGCAACAGGCAAUACAGGAGCAGGAUUAGGAGAGAUGGAGAUUGAGGAUCGUAUGCUUGACGGCAAGACCUUGGUGUCUAGUCAAGCAGGUAUCGGGGCGGGUCUAUCUUCAGAUUUUACAAGCAUCGCUAUUCCAUCAAUGCUAUCGACGGAAGCAGAGCUCGACGAAUUUAUGAAAAGUCUCCAGGAAGGAAUGAAUGCUUUAGAUGAAGAGCCGUCGCAGCUACAGCAGCAAAUAAGCAGAGAACAGGACGAUGCGCAGACUGUGGAAUCCAUGGCGGUCUUGAUGCAGGCUGAGCAUAGUAAUUCCUCAAAAGUUAUUGUUUGUUCGGGGGUGGAGAUGCCGAAAGGUGCGAUUAGAGAUGUAAACGAUGAUGGUGUUGAAGCAUUGUUUGAGGUGUAAAAAAAUUUCUCUUAGUACUGUAUAAUAUAAACGAGGUAUAAAGAUGGCAUUUCCAACAGAAGACUUG